AUGUCAACAAACGCCGACCAUUUAGCGAAGACGUCCAUAGCGUACGCAGAAGUAAAAAAGAGCCAUCCAGAUGCACCAUGGCCGGAAAAUGACCACAAGCUCCUGCCAACAAAGGGGAACGAAUCCUUUAGCGAGCAACAACCCGGAUUCUCCCAGCAGCUAGCACAAACGACUAAAAAUUUGUUAGGAUUCAAAACCGAUGCCGAAAAAUCUUCCACUGAAACUAGGGACUAUUUCAAAGAAAAGGAUAUUCUCGAAUUCGACGUACUGAAGCACUACUGUGAGGACCUGACCAUGCAAAGUAUUUUCAUUACGAAGCAAGGCUACGUGGGUAUCGGUCCUAGCGGCUUGCAAGACGGCGAUUCCGUGUUCCUUAUGGCUGACGGAAAUGCACCGUACAUAUUUGCCCAUAUCGACGAUGUCCUGCGACGACGAGCACGCGAAAUUCGGAAACAACUCCACAGCAGAGCAGAUCCAGUGUCGGAGGACGCUUUACGUGAAGAACUCGUGGAUGUGGAAGGCAGGAUUGGAAAAAUGGAUGGGUAUCAGCUGGUGGGAGAAGCAUACAUUGAGGGAGUGAUGAAUGGGGAAGUUGAGGAUCAAGUGAGGGCUCGGAUGAAAAUACUCAACGCCCUGAGCCGUAUCCUCGCACUGGAUAAUGAUCAGUCCAAGAUUCUACCGGCGAUAACGUUUAUCGAAUGA